AUGUCGCCUCUAGAGUCACAGAACAGCACUUACAGAGUUACAGAACAGCAAUUACAGAGUCCUCACUUCCUCAACGACCUGCUCAGUGAUGUUGGCAACGGUAAAUAUAGUCUUUUAUUGGACGAGUCGAACGAUGUGUCCGUGAAUAAACUGUUGGGUAUCGUUAUAAUAUACUACAGUAACAAUCAUGGAAAAACCAUCUCAAGUUUUCUAGCGCUGACCAAGCUGGAAACGUGUAAUGCUGAUAGUAUUGUCAGCGCUCUAAAGAAAACUCUCCAUGAAAUGAAAUUAGAUUUACAAAAUUUGAUAGCUAUUGGAACAGACAAUUCAGUUAUGGUCGGGAUAAAUAACGGUGUUUAUACAAAACUAAAAGCAGAAGUUCCAUCAUUGAUUUUGAUUAGAUGUCUCUGCCACUCCUUACAGCUUGCUGUGUCACAUGCCAUGACUAAUACUCUCCCGCGAAAUCACGACUUUUUAAUUCACGAGACUCAUAAUUGGUUUUCAAAAUCCGUUACGUGUCAAAUAAAAUACACUCAGCUUUACGAGACGAUCAACUGUGGUGUACACCCCUUACAAAUAUUACAAAAGACUCCGCACGUUUCUUAUGGGAAAGUACUUUCGGUCAAAAUGGCUGAAAAUUUAGUAUGUUGUAGUUUAUGGUAUCCUGAUCAAAAGUCUCAAUGGGCAUGUGGUCCUGGAAUCAACAAGUUCUGA